AUGUCUUUAAUUCCAUUACCACCUACAUUAAUUCCGUUUUUAAAUCCAUAUCUUCCAAACACAGAAACAACCACCAAUCGUCCAUUUGUCACAUUGACAUAUGCACAAUCAUUGGAUUCAAAGAUUGCAGCUCAACCAGGACAACAAACUAAAUUAUCUCAUUUAGAAACUAAAACAAUGACACAUUAUUUAAGAUCUAAACAUGAUUCAAUUUUUAUUGGUAUAGGUACUGUAUUAGCAGAUGAUCCUAAAUUAAAUUGUCGAUAUGAUGAAAAAAGUACCAUUAGACCAAUUAUUUUAGAUCCUAAGGCACAAUGGCAAUAUGAAAAAAGUACCCUUUGUAAAAUUUGUCAUGAUGGUUUGGGAUUGGCUCCUUUUAUAAUAAUUGAUGAAAAUAUGAAUCCAAGUGAUGAUUCAAGAAAAAUUGUAGAGAAUCAAGGUGGGAAAUAUGUGAAAUUACCAUUACUUGAAAAGAGAAAUGAAAAUUGGAAAUUAAUUUUGGAAAAAUUAAAAGAAUUAGAUAUUAAAUCAGUUAUGAUUGAAGGUGGAGCUAAAGUAAUUAAUGAUUUAUUAAUAAAUAGAGAUAAUUUAGUUGAUAGUUUGAUUAUAACUGUUGCUCCUGUAUUUUUAGGUAAAAAUGGUGUUGAUGUAUCACCAAAUCAUCAAAUUAAUCUUAAAGAUAUGACUUGGUGGACUGGUGUUCAAGAUUCAGUUCUUGCUGCUAGAUUACAAUCCAAUGCAUGA